UUCCGAAAAACAUCGCAUCCUCAUGUUAACGUCCACGUAUCGAAUUUUGUGUAAUUCCAAUGGUCACAGUUCCUCCGCGUGUCGGAGUUGACUUGCAAGAAGAUUGUCCAUCUUUUUGGGAGAUUGCAUUCGACCGGAUCGUUCUUCAAGACUCUGUGGGGCAAGGUGUCACUGCUCACGUUUACCGGGCCAUCCUGGAUGGGCAAUACCAGGUUGCGGUGAAGCAAAUCAAUGACAUGGACAAGUCCACAUCUUCAGAGAAGGAUUUACGCGCGUUUGAGCGUGAAGUAGCGGUUCUCAUGAGGACUGAUCAUGAGAACUUGGUGCGCUUUCUUGGCAUUUCAUCUGUCCAGAGGCCCUUUCGCAUUAUCACUGAGUACUGCGCAGGAGGUUGCGUUUUCUCCUUGUUGCAUAACCAAGAGUUGGUACUGACCUGGCCGCAAAAGCUGCAGAUCUGCAUCGAUGUCGCAAAAGCCAUGCACUAUCUUCACCAGUUCAACCCACAGGUCAUCCACCGGGAUUUGAAAUCACUGAACUUGCUGCUGGUGAAUCCCGUGAAGACUUCUGCAGACAUUCCAUGCACGAAGGUAUCUGACUUCGGCCUCGCGAGAGUCAAGUGGCAGGCUCCAGACUCAAGCUGGGGACAAAUGACCCGAGCUGCUGGUACUUGUCACUGGAUGGCCCCAGAGGUCUUUGUAAGCAACAGCUACGAUGAAAAGGUGGACUUGUACUCCUAUGCCAUGAUCCUCUUUGAGGUGCUUUGCCAAGAAAUCCCCUUCGAGGACCAAAAUCCGGCCGAGAUUGGACAUUUGGCGGUGAAAGGCUGCCGUCCAGAUUUAGCAUCGGUUCCUGAAGAAUGCCCCGAAAUCCUGGUGAAGCUCAUGCAGACUUGCUGGGCGGGAACACCCGCCAAAAGGCCGCCCUUUUCUGAGAUUCUCCCGAUGCUGGAGCAGGUUGAAGUACCGGGCGAGCGCUGAAAUGGAAAAUGA